AUGUCCAAGGACCAACAGGUCGUCAUCAUCGGUGCAGGCAUCGUCGGCGCCAAUCUCGCAGAUGAGCUGGUGUCGCGAGGAUGGAGAAACAUCACAGUCGUUGACCAGGGUCCGCUGGACAUGCCCGGCGGCUCCACGUCCCACGCUCCGGGACUCGUCUUCCAGACAAACCAGUGCAAAUCCAUGACCGGCUUUGCUCAUUAUACGGUUGAGAAGAUGCUGAAGUUGGAGAUGGAUGGCAAGCCCUGCUUCAACCAGGUUGGGGGGCUGGAAAUCGCCACAACGCUGGAGCGACUGGAGGAGAUCAAGAGGAAGCAAGGAUGGGCGGCAUCCUGGGGCAUCGACGCCAAGGUCGUCGACGCGGAAAGGUGUCUUGAGCUGUAUCCCCAUCUGAACAAGGCCCUCGUCCUCGGAGGCCUCCACAUCCCGACCGACGGCCUCAUCCUGGCCGCCCAGGCUGUCCAGCAACUCAUCGCGCAAACGCGCCAGGUCGGCGUCCGGUACCUCGGCUCGACCACCGUCACGGGCAUCAAGCAGGAGAACGGGCGCGUCACCGGUGUCGCCGUCGGCGAGGGCGUCAUCCCCGCCGACAUCGUCGUCUCGUGUGCCGGCUUCUGGGGCGUCGAGGUCGGCGCCAUGAUCGGCCUGCCCGUGCCGCUGCUACCCAUGGCGCACCAGUACGUCAAGACGACGCCCGUCCCCGCGCAGGCCGGCAAGUACCAGGAGCGGAACGGCGCCGGCCUGCCAAUCCUCCGCUACCAGGACCAGGACCUGUACUACCGCGAGCACGGCGACCAGUUCGGCAUCGGGUACUACGGUCACCGUCCGAUGCCGGUGGUCGCCGCGUCGCUGGGCCCGACGCCCAAAGACGUGGACGAGCAACAUAUGCCGUCGCGCAUGGACUUCACGCCCGAGGAUUUUGAGCAGGCCUGGCAGCUGUCCAAGGACCUUCUGCCCAUCUUGCGGGACAGCGAGAUCGCGGACGGGUUCAACGGCAUCUUCUCGUUUACCCCGGACGGCGGCCCGAUCGUCGGCCAGGCGCCGAACUUGGACAAUUUUUACGUCGCCGAGGCCGUGUGGGCGACGCACUCCGCCGGCGUCGCCAAAGCAGUGGCCGAAGUCCUCACGGAUGGCAAGUCCAGCAUCGACCUGGCCGGCUGCGACAUCGCCCGGUUCGAGCAGGUCCAGCUCACACCCGAGUACGUCAAGGAGACAUCGUCACAGAACUUUGUCGAGGUCUACGACAUCCUACAUCCCUUACAGCCCAAGGAGUCUCCGCGAAACCUCCGCCUGAGCCCCUUCUACGUCCGGCAAAAAGAGCUCGGCGCCUACUUCUUGGAAGGCGGCACGUGGGAGCGGCCGUACUGGUUCGAGGAGAACGCGAAGCUCCUCGCCGACCUCCCGCCAGAGUGGCAGCCCGUGGAGCGCGACGCGUGGUCCGCGAGGUAUUACUCGCCCAUCGCCGCCGCGGAAGCGUGGAAGACGCGCACGGCGGUGGCCAUGUACGACAUGACGCCGCUGCGGCGCCUGGAGGUGACCGGCCCCGGCGCCGUGGACCUGCUCGCGCGGCUGACCACUGGCUCCGUGUCCCGCAAGCCCGGCGCCGUGACCUACACGCUGCUCCUGGACGAGGCGGGCAGCGUGCGCAGCGACAUCACCGUCGCCCGCGUCGAGACGGAGCUCUUCCAGGUCGGCGUCAACGGCGCCGUCGACACCGCCUACCUGCAGCGCGAAGCCCGGCUACAGAACGCGCGCACGCCGGAGCGCGCGGCCCACGUCCGCGACGUCACGGGCGGGACCUGCUGCAUCGGGCUCUGGGGCCCGCUGGCGCGCGAGGUUAUCCGCAAGGUCAGCAACGACGACUUUACCAACAACGGGCUCAAGUACUUCCGGCUGAAGCGGGCGAGUAUCGCGGGGGUGCCGGUGGUGGCGAUGCGGCUGUCGUACGUGGGCGAGCUCGGGUGGGAGAUUUACGCGAGCGCGGAGAACGGCGUGCGGCUGUGGGAUGCGCUGUGGGAGGCCGGGCAGGAGCACGGCGUGAUCGCGGGCGGUCGCGCGGCGUUCAACGCGCUGCGCCUGGAGAAGGGCUUCCGCUCGUGGGGCACGGACAUGAACUCGGAGCACGACCCGUUCCAGGCUGGGCUCGAGUUCGCGGUCAAGAUGGACAAGGCGGACUUCAGAGGCAAGAAGGCGCUGGAGAGCCGGUCGCGGGAGACGUGCACGACGCGGCUGCGCUGUCUGACUGUUGACGAUGGCCGCUCGAUGGUGCUCGGGCGGGAACCGGUCUACGUGGAUGGGAAGCCAUCUGGGUAUGUCACGAGCGCGGCGUUUGGGUAUACUGUCGGAAAGCCGAUCGCGUAUGCGUAUCUUCCGAAUGAGGUUGCCGAGGGCGCGGCGGUGGAGAUUGAGUACUUUGAAAAGCGGGUGGCCGCGACGGUGACGGCUGAGCCGUUGUAUGAUCCCAAGAUGGCUCGUCUCCGCGGCUGA